AUGGAAAGAGGAAAGGAGAAGAGGGUUUCCCAAAAAUCACAACAGACUUUCCACCAUUCUAAAGAAACUACCUUCCUUAUCAAUCAAGCUGUUCUACCUUGUGACUCCUAUUCUAGCCUUUUGCCAGAAACAGAACAUGUCAAUCCUGGUGAAAAAAUAAGGAAAAACUCUCAGAAAAAUAGACCUGGAACUGUAAUACUCUCAAAACGAUCCAGUAAGAGAAUCAUGUCAGAAAGCCAGCCAGGCCGACCUGUGAUCCCAUCCCGCCGGCCUGGGCUCCCCAUAUGCUACAUCUGUGGCCGAGAAUUUGGGUCCCAGUCACUUGCCAUCCACGAGCCGCAGUGCUUGGAGAAGUGGCGUAUUGAAAACAGCAAGUUGCCCAAGCACCUGAGGAGGCCAGAACCCUCCAAACCACAGCCUCUCGGCGGCAGUGGGUCCUACAAUCUUCAGGCAGUGAAUGAGGCAGCGUUCCAGAGUUCUCAGGCUCAGCUGCUGCCCUGUGAAUCCUGUGGCUGCACAUUCUUGCCAGAUCGUCUUCUUGUUCACCAGAGAAGUUGCAAGCCAAAGGGAGAGGGGCCCAGAGCACCAAACCCCAACAGUUCUGCUGAUCUUACUGGUCUUAAGAAAGCUUCUGGUGGCAUCCCAGCUCGACCAAAGACUGUCAUCUGCUACAUUUGUGGCAGGGAAUUUGGCACCCUCUCCCUCCCUAUCCAUGAGCCCAAAUGCCUGGAAAAGUGGAAAAUAGAAAAUGACCGGCUCCCCAGGCAGCUCCGCCAGCCACUCCCACAGAAGCCUCAGCCCCUUAUUACUGGAGAGGGGCCAAGUCAAGCUCAGCUUGUGCCCUGCCCAAAUUGUAGCCGGACCUUUGCCCCCGACCGCCUUCUAGUACACCAGAGAAGUUGUAAAGCUCAACCGAGUGGGCCACAUGUUCAGAACUUGACCUUAGGGAGUAAAGGUGGCUUAAAAGAGUCCACUAAUGUCAAGCAGCAAAGGAACACAGCAGCACCCACUGUGACUGAUAAGCCGAAAAUGAUUAGGCGUCCACCGACAGUCAUUUGCUACAUUUGUGGUCGUGAAUAUGGAACAAAAUCGAUUGCCAUCCAUGAGCCACAAUGCCUGAAAAAAUGGCACAAUGAAAACAACUUGUUGCCUAAAGAGUUAAGGAGACCAGAACCUAAGAAACCUGAAGUCAGGACCAUCAGUGCCAAAGGUUUCUAUGAUCUCGAUGCCUUAAAUGAAGCUGCUUGGACAAGUGCCCAGAGCCAGCUGGUUGCCUGUAAUAUUUGCGGGCGCACCUUCCUGCCAGACAGACUGAUUGUUCACCAACGAUCCUGUAAACCAAGAGUUGCCAAGUAA